UAGAGGGCAGCAGUGCUUCCGGGUGUCGAUGCGGAAGUGGCGCAGUGCUUGUUUACUCCCAGCUGCGUCUCUGCUGUAUUUUAUCGGUAGUUGUGAGCGGAGCGGUCCAGUUGUUUCCACUCCUUGGCUGUUGGAGCUGUCGUCGCGCUUUCAAUGGGAGGUCGCGGACUUCUGGGGAACCAGCCGGACUCCAUAGACUACUCGGUGCAUGAAGCCUGGAACGAGGCUACAAAUGUCUACCUGCUCGUCAUCCUGGUCAGCUUCGGCCUGCUCAUCUACGCAAGAAAAAACAAGAGGAAGAUCAUGCGGAUCUUCACGCUGCCUCCCACCGUCGGCAGCAGCCCGGAGCCCAACUUCUACGACAGCCUGCAGAAGGUGCGGCUGCGGCAGCAGCUUGAGAUGUACUCUCUGGCUAGGAAGUUCGAACAGCAGCAGCAGCAGCAGACUGACAGUGUGCAGCUCUCCAUGGAAUGAGAAACGACGUUUUCAGCCCCUUCUCAUGAGUUCCAGUCUCCCAGACGGAGGUGGACUUGGACUCCUGUCAGGAUCAGAGAUGGUCAGGAGCGGACACAGCUGGAUGGACGAUUGGACAUUAGCAGAGAGUGAAGGCAUCUCUUCGGCCUGCAGAGGGGAGAGCACAAAUAAGCGAGGGAGAGCGCGGAGAAUUUAAUGGACGUCAAUAUUUUAUCGUUCAUGUUCGCACACAUUUAAACCAGUGGUUGUUAAAGUAAAGAAAAGAAAAGUGGAAAUGUGUUGUUUAUUCUUGCAUAAAGCCCAGAUCACGACGCUGAUGUGAUGCCAGAGGAUGAGCUCUAAGACGCAACGGGAACGUUCUCUCCGUCGAACGUGUUUGAUGACCCAACAGUGGGAUGUCCUGGAGAGAUUCUCCGCAUCUGUAUUUCGUUUUGAGACUUUUGGUAAUGGACGUAAAGACAUUGUUCAUAUACACCAGGGGUGUCAAACUCCAGUCCUCAAGGGCCGGUGUCCUGCAACUUUUAGAUGAGCCUCUGCUUCACCACACCUG